GAUGGGGAAGGAGGCGGGUGGUCGCCUUCCCCCGGCCGCACACCCCUAGGAACUCGCGGGCAGGAACUUGGCUGUAUUGUCCUGCCUCAGAGAACAAACUCAUCUCCUGUAGGCCUAGCCUGGGUUGCUGCCUUUGAAAGCAAGGGAAGCCUGGCACAAUAUCAACCACAAUUCAGCAUGGAAUUUCCAGAAAGGUCUUAUUUCAAAACUUUAUAAAGAACCAGAACCACAUGGACUUCUACAAGGGAGAUUGAACUGGCCUGCGUUUGAGCAAAAGGAUAAUGUGUGACCAGCCUGUAACUAACACCAAAGAGGCCAGGUGGCAGAAGAUCCUGUAUGAGCGACAGCCCUUUCCUGAUAACUACGUGGAUCGGAGGUUCCUGGAAGAGCUCCGCAAAAACAUCUAUGCCCGGAAAUACCGGUAUUGGGCUGUGGUAUUUGAGUCCAGUGUGGUGAUACAGCAGCUGUGCAGUGUCUGUGUUUUUGUGGUUAUCUGGUGGUAUAUGGAUGAGGGUCUUCUGGCCCCCCAUUGGCUUUUUGGGACCGGCCUGGCUUCUUCACUGAUUGGCUAUGUUUUGUUUGAUCUCAUUGAUGGAGGUGAAGGACGGAAGAAGAGUGGGCGGACCCGGUGGGCUGACUUGAAGAGUGCCCUAGUCUUCAUUACUUUCACGUAUGGCUUCUCGCCAGUGCUGAAGACCCUGACAGAGUCUGUCAGCACUGACACCAUCUAUGCCAUGUCGGUCUUCAUGCUGUUAGGCCACCUCAUCUUCUUUGACUAUGGUGCCAAUGCUGCCAUUGUAUCCAGCACACUGUCCUUGAACAUGGCCAUCUUUGCUUCCAUCUGUCUUGCCUCACGCCUGCCCUGGUCCCUACAUGCCUUCAUCAUGGUGACAUUUGCCAUCCAGAUUUUUGCCCUGUGGCCCGUGUUACAGAAGAAACUGAAGGCGUGUACUCCCCGCAGCUAUGUGGGAGUGACACUGCUGUUUUCAUUUUCAGCCUUGGGGGGCCUGCUGUCCAUUAGUUUUGUGGGAACCAUACUCUUUGCCCUUCUGCUGGUUUCCAUCUUAUUUCUCUGCCCUUUCUACCUCAUUCGCCUGCAGCUUUUUAAAGAAAACAUUCAUGGACCUUGGGAUGAGGCUGAAAUCAAAGAAGACUUGUCAAGGUUCCUCAGAUGAGUUGGGGACCUCCAUUCUGUUACUGAGACAGGCUGAUAGACCAGCCUUCCAACUAGUAGAAGAUUUGAAGGCAGAGUUCCAUUCUGGAAGCGGCAUAAUGAUGUGGGUGGGAGAUCAGAGAUCAAAAGAAAAAAGUUAACCAAAGGCUUGGGUGGUGAAGGUGCUUAUCCUUUCUGUUAUUUUUUCAAUGAAAAAGCUUCCUGGGGCCCUCUUGAAUUACUGCCUCUCAUUAUUCACUGUAACAAAUGAAGUGAUGUGGUUUCUAUAUAUUAAAAAAAAAUAACAACACA